AUCACACUCACAGUGUUCUCAGCGAGAACACUAACAUCAAGCUAGACGUAUUCGCGAGAUGAGGCCGGGUCUGCUCCGUACCCCAUAAUGGAGAAUCUUAGAGCCAGCUAUAGCCUAUGGCAGAAGACAUUCGGCAAGAGACGGAUGACGAGCAGUUUCGAUGAGCUCUAUACCCUCAUGUACCCCAAUGAAAAAUAUCUCUAUCGAACCCCUCCCUCUCCAACAAACAACUACACCCUAUCCCACACAGUAACAAACUCGCCAUCCCGCCCCAAACAUGCCCAGGUCGACCUCCUCAACGAAGCCACCGCCUCAAUCCCCCCAUCCCUCACCCUAUGUUCCACGACAUACACCAUCCCAUCAACGAAGGCAUCCAUACACACCGGACUCGCGACCACGGGCCCCACGCCGUCCAUCUCCGCGCCCGAGUACAUCGGGAAACGAUGCCAUCCCGUCGCGAUGAACGGAGGCCGCCGUCGUCAUCGGGAAGUGCAGUUGGAUUCGGAACGUGUCGUGUGCGGUCGUUGAUGACCGUCGCGAUCUCCCAGAGGGGUCUCUGCGUCAGCGCGG